AUGAAGCCUUGUCAUUUAGAAGUGGAGCUGCUGAGUAAGAAAUCAAAAAGUACUAGUAUACCGGUGCAUUUGACUCAAUAUUAUAAUGACGGUUUUAAUCCGGCUUUAGAGGAUAUACAUGAAGAUGAUGAAUUCUUUACCAUGGAAAGCAUCUUGCAAGAAUUACUGAAAAAGCUGCAAGUAGAACACGUGGUGUGGGUUAGCGACAAAACCAGCAACUAUUAUGAGGUGAUCUUCCCCCUGGCUACUGGAGACAAGUGUGAGACAAUGCUGCAUUGUUUGACGCAGCUGGGCAUCGGAGUCCGUUGCAAGUCUAUCGUCAGUGUACUUCCCUGCAACGUUGUACAUUCCGCAGUCAUCAACGAUGAAGAUGACGAAGACACCAUAUUCCGCAAGACUGAAGAUGCGAAGAGAUGGCGAAACUUCGUCGAGUCGAUACGGUCUAAACUGACCGUGAAGCAAGUGGUGGACGGGGUGCGGGGCGGAGGCGAGCUGUCCUUCGAUUACUUGACUUUGAUUGUAACAGCUGAUUCCCUAGCAGCCCUCGGUCUAGUCGAAAACAAUGCUUCAAACAUAGUAGCCGCAAUGCUGGUGUCCCCACUGAUGGGUCCAGUCAUGUCCAUUACAUUCGGCACCAUCAUCUCAGACCGGACCCUCGUGAGAAGCGGAUUCGAAAGCUUAGUCGUGGGCAUGUUGGUUUCUUUGCUAUUUGGCUUCAUUUUUGGACUAAUUUUGGGCUCUACAGACAUGCCAUGGGGCUUAGGAGACUUUCCCACAGAGGAAAUGAAGGGUCGCGGAAACGUAAGAUCAUUAUGGAUGGGCGUGCUAUGGGCCUUGACUUCAGGCACCGGUGUAGCCCUGGCCUUGCUUCAGGGCAGCGCCGGGCCGCUAAUUGGCAUUGCCAUAUCAGCUUCACUCCUGCCACCCGUCGUCAACUGUGGACUUUUCUGGGCCCUGGCCUGUAUUUGGCUAUUACACCCAGAAAUAAAAAUCCCCCACAUCAAGGGAGAAGCAUACUUCGGCAAUUCUUCCUAUGAACCACUUUAUCACGACUAUUUGCCGAUAGAAUUUGCAAUAAAUGGAAUAGUCAGUUGCUGCCUCACGAUAGUAAACGUGAUCUGCAUUUUUAUCACCGCGAUCAUUUUCCUGAAGAUCAAGGAGGUGGCUGCGCCAUACACGUCCACGCCUGACCUCAGGCGGUUCUGGGAGCAGGACAUCAGGAUAGCCCGUGAGGCUAACAGGGCUACGCUGCAGCAGGCUAAAGAUGACGAGAGAACUGAAUUGGUUCUAGAAGAUUUAAACCAAGCACAGGAAGAUAUACAGGAGAAGCUGCAAGCAGCCGUCAAAGAGGCCUUGGAUGACGAGACAUACCGGAAGGUCAAACGGAUGAGUUAUCAGAGCCACAACGCUGAUGAAGUCAUACGCACUAUUGGUCUGCAAUCGCAGACGCCAGCAUCGAAACGCUCUAGCCAGGUCACCAGUGCAUCAUCACAACGGUCAAUGAACUUCAUCCAAGGCUCCAACAUUGAUGAUAUAGCUACUCUUGACAAGUUGCUCACAUCAUUACUAGCCAUGAAAGACAAAGGUCACUCUCACAGAGGCACUCCAAGGCCAAGCCAGUUGGUGUCACCGGGAUUGACUCAGAAUAGGUCGGAAUCUUGGUCUGAUAGGAUAUUGGAGAAUUCUAUCGUUCAUAGCGUUCUUAAUAACUUGAAAAAGGAGGCGAGCAAAAGAAAUUCUGCUGUAGACGAACCGUUUUUGACACCAAAAUAAACUAAUGCCACAAUAACGGGUAGUUAUAGGUAAAAUGCGAUGUCAGAUUCAUGUCAUUUAUCUAAAACUACGAAACUGAAUUCGGAAUUGUACUGGACGAAUUUCGAUGGGAUUUGAUACACCAGUAGCUUAUACAUAUAUAAU